CAAACUCAACUAACUUAUUACGUUUGAUAUUAUUGCACGAUAAGCAAUGUUUAUUAUUUAUCCAACACAUUGCACCAUUGUUUCCGCUUUACUUUCCUAAACAAAGCACUCAUUGGUUAUGAACAUUUUUUCACUAAACAGUUGAAAGUGACCACAUCGUUUUACAGUUUACUUCAGUGCGGUUACUCAAAAUGCUAAAGCUUUUACUGUUAUUAGUGAUUGUUGUUUUUGCUGUUGUCAUAUUUUUAUAGGAUGUUUAUAACCUCGCAAGAUUCUCAAAUACAGUUUAAUAUGUUACGUAGACUUUUAAAUUAUUUUGUAGGUUUAAUGGUUAUUAUAAGUUAUAGGGAUAUUGAAUGUGGUACGACUACAACAAAAGUGCAAGCGCCCGAGCAGGAGUGUGAGUUCCCGCCGAAGUUCGAAGAGGACCUUACGCAUUUGCGACGCAAGCGGCUGACCACGGAGAACGGCCUCGUGUGCUUAGAGGACUACCCCUAUACUGUCUCUGUCAGAUUACACAGUAAACACUGGUGUGGCGGUGCUCUGGUCGGAAAAGAGUGGGUGUUGACGGCAGGACAGUGUUUUGACUAUGUUACCAAGGAUGAGGUGUCAGUCCGUACCGGAUCCGUUUUCCGUGAUUUUGGCGGCAGAAUAUUUGCAGUCACGGAGAUCGUCAGGCACCCAGAGUAUAGGAUAGACCAGUACUAUCCUGAGCAUAACCUAGCCCUUAUUAAGCUAAACAUGCCAGUGACGCUGGGUAACCGCGUGCAGCCAGUGAAGCUUGCCCCGCCUUCUUCAGACGAUCCGCCGAGAUAUGGUCACAUCGUCGUCACGGGAUACGGCGCCAUCUCCGGUCAAAUCCGCGAGGGCCAGAACCAGGAGCUCAGAAGAAUGAUAGUACAAGACGUGCCUCGCGCGUCGUGCCGUCUCCUCUACGGGAACGGGUACCGGCUGCAGUCCGACCAUAUGUGUCUGCAGAGCACGGUCAAAGGCAUCGCUUUGUGUGCUGGUGACACAGGCGACCCAGCCGUACACUUCAGCGGCGCUUCCAAAGGCGGCACUCUAUACGGCAUCGCGCUCUUCUCUGGGACCGAGGAGUGCACUUACAAGUCCAAGCCUGGAGUUUACGCUAAGGAAGCAGCCGAAAAUUUGUCAUGUCUCAGAGGUCUACCCAUUCACGAUCCAUCCCUGCAAACCGAACUCGAAUGCAUGAAGAAGCAGGACGAAUAUUACAAGACCCUUCCUAGCCUCUCGUUGGUAGUCAUUUUUAAAGAUAAAGCAUGGCGUAAGGCCUACCUGAUCUCCGCGCUCGUGAUCGCCGUGCAGGCGUUGAGUGGAAACUUUGCUCUGGUGACCUACGGUGCCAACAUCGUGUCAUCAGUGGCAAAUAUGAACGCUGAACUGCAGACGCUAAGCUUCCCUACCAUUAUGAUGCUGGGCUCAGUUGUGUCUGUGUGCAUUAUGGAGCGCAUUGGGAGGAAGAUGAUCCUCCUCUUCUCAUACGUGGUGUCAGUGCUGUCGCUAAGCAGCUUGGCGACAGUAAUGCUCUUACCGAAUGACAGCGUGCCGGUUUGGUUCCCUCUGCUGGCCAUCACCUCCUCUAUGUUCGUGUAUGCAGUCGGAGUUCUGCCCGGGCCGUACAUCAUCAUGUCGGAGAUGUUUAACAUCCAGAUCCGAGCUAAACUUUUGGGCAUGGUCACAGCCCAGGCGUGGAUCAUGUGCUUCACACAGCUAGCGGCCUUCGCCCCCAUCACUGCGGCCCUCGGCAUGCACACAUACUUUUACAUCUGUGCGGGGAUGAACCUCCUCGGUAUUGUUGUAGUCCUAGUACUCAUGCCCGAGACCAGAGGGAAGAGUAUUGAGGAGGUUGAAAAUGAGUUGAGGAAGUGAUAUGAUAUGGGUCUAAUUUGUUUGAAAUAAAUGUUACAAUACGAUUUA